AUGACCAACGAGCCGAACAACAAGGGUCGACCUCCGCAACAUCCUCAGCCACAGUCGUGGCAACGAACGAAGAGAGAACCACGGCCAGACGAGUAUGUGGCCGAACACACAGCAUUCACCGAACCUAUCUACAAACUCCUCAACAUCAUCGGUAAACUACCAUUCUUUGUGUGGCCAACGGUACUCUUAGGCACCGUCGGAAGCGGACCUGGGAUGUGUACGUAUCACAAAGAGCAAGGCCACUACACUACACAGUGCCAACCUUUUAAGCGGUACCUAGAAGAGCUCGCAGCAGCAGGGCAUCUAAAUCAGUGGAUUGAUGUUCGGCGAAAUCCACUUCCUCCACCUCCGCCGAUCAUCGGCAAUAUCGUAAGCGUUAUACAAGGACUAGUUUCCAAAGAAAGAGCAGCCGAGCUUCGUUCAGAACUUGAUAAAGCCAUCGCCUCAUUUCCCGUUUGCAACGUUGGCACCUCGGGAAAGCAAAAAUUGGAAGAUCCGAGCCUCGGCAACCCUAUUACUUUUACCUCUGACGACUUGAAAGGUGUGCAACUCCCUCACAUGGAUGCCCUCAUUGUUACUGUUACUAUCAAUAGGUCCACCGUUCAGCGGGUGUUGAUAGAUCAAGGAAGCUCGGUGGACGUAAUGUUUUAUUCAACAUUUUAG